GUCAUCUUAAUGGUGUAGCUACCACAUUGAUCAAACCGAGGAGUCGAGGAGUAAUUUCGAACAGAUGACUCUCCAAUCUCCAGCCAAUUAAUCGCGUUGAAAUUUGAGAAAAAUAGAAUCGUGUUGAAUUCAGCCCACCCCGAGCGGCGAGCGCUCCGUCUCCUGCCACUGAGAUCACGCGAACCUCCUCGACUUCGGCCAUGGCUCCCGAAGAUCCAGCGGCCUGAGGCUUAGCCUCAUCACAUUCCCAUUCCGUGUGCCACCCACCCCAAUCCCCUUCCUCGCGCGACCCCCUCCUCUCCCCAAUCCAAGCUCUUACCUCGCUGCGGCCCUGACCAGCAAAGGGCGGCCGACGGCAAGCCUUCCAAGCGGCAAAGGACGACUACCGAGAUCUUCAAGGCAUGCCAUCAUCUUCCCCCACCUACUGCUCUUGCAGGAACCCCUAGCAUCGGGCCUGCCGGCCGGCCUCGCGUCACUGCGGUUGUGUGUGCGUGGGGGAAGACAAUCGAUGGUGAAGGUGCAGUCAUGGAGGAACUCGUGGCGGCGAGGCGGAAGUUGGCGCUGUCCAUGGAGUCGUUCAAGACCACGAUUUGACGAAUCCCAGAGUUUUCUCAGGGAACUCGUCAACAGCUACACCAAAGGCAUACGAGGGGCGACGCCCGCCAAGUUGAUGUUGUUUGGCUUUGGCCUCGACAUUGGCGACGUUGAGGUUGUGGCCGCAUCUCUGCCGCCGAGCCUCACAUCCACGACCAUCCUGGUUCUUGCUGGGGUCUUGAUCACCGCCCUCAAGCCGGAAGCGUUGACGCCCACCACCUGUUCGACACAGGUCCUGGCCAGCAUCGUCAAUGCCAUGAGUGCCAAGCUGAACCACUGUACAGUUCCUGCACUCACGUCAAGUGGCAUACAAGAGGUUGUGAACCCUUGGGUGCAACAUAAGGCAUCAUUCAUUCCUGCACAUGAGGUGCUCGGGGAAAUAUUCGUGCAGACCGGCACUGUUGUUAUUGUUGCUAGAAGCAUUGGCGACUCAGCAACACGAACCAGGCGUGAACCAGUCCAGGUCCAGCUGCACAAAGGCAUCAAAUACAACCAUGUUCGUGACUCUCCGUGACUAUGGGUGAGCACAACCUCGUUCUGGCAGCGCUGGCCUCCUUGGGCUAUUGGUACUUCCGACAUCAAUCUGGAGCAAUAGAAGGAUCUGCUACUCCUCUCAUCUGCGAGCAACUACGAUGCCAGGGACUGGCUGCUAAUGAUUGACCCCCUUCCGCGACAAAGAGGAUCAAACGUAUCAACAUGAAAGGCAGGGCAACAUGUGUUUCUGAAUGAUGGCUAUCCGUACCUGCACCUGGAACUUACGGAACCAGAAGAGGCUGAUCAUCUCCACCUGUGAUGCUUAGGA